AUGCUGGUUUCUACCCUGCUCGUGUUAUUUGGGUGUCUCUCCGCACCGAUUCACUCGCGCCACUCUCAUUCGCACGGAAUUCGUUCUUCCAACGACGCUAUUUAUCGAAAGCUUCAGGCACGAAUUGUACCUGUUGUCUCGCCUUCGACUACCCGUGUGCGCGUUGCCAGAGCAGUUCAGCCUGUGGCUAACAAGCGCCACGGCAAGCGCGAAGCAAACAUCUCGCUCAGAAUAUCUGCGGCUUUGAAUGAAUUCCUUCAAAUCGUUGACAAUGAAGCCUCGAAAAUAAGGUCAUUCGCCCAAAGCGCAUCCCCAGAAGACAUUGCCUCGCAAGCCCAAGAGCCGCUUCAGAACGUACUCAAGGCCGCUCAACAAGCACUUGCGAACGUCAAGAAUUGCGAAUACGCGCCUGCACCAUCUGGUGCAUACCAAACUCCGCCAAGCUCUCCAUGCCCGUUACUUCUGGCUAUCAUCCGAUCCCUCAAGAACAUCCUUUCAAGCUUACAGGCCGUAAUGACUGCAUCUCAGGCCCACAAGAACUUAGGCGACAUCAUUACCCAAAUCACGGGGAUCGUUGCACAAAUCAUCUCCGAGGUUGACUCGAAACUACCCGGAGCGAUCAAAGACCUCGCAGAGAUGGGCCGUGACGUUUUGGACUCUAUUCGCUUUGACGGUUUCGGCUUUGGUGGCAUUAUGAACGCUGUUAGACCAUUGUAA